CGACCACUGAUGGGCAUGAGAGCGCCACACACACAGUAAAGCCGGUGUUGUGAUGAUUCGGAGCAUCAGAUGGUGCACAAACAUAAACACCAGUUUUUAUGGACUUUUGGAGCCUCGAGGGUGUGAGAAACUUGACACUUGGUUAGGUUGUAGAUCAUGAAUGAAAACUCAUUGUCAUAGUGGUUGGAAGGGAUUUUUUGACCCACGAAUGUUCGGCACUGCGAUAUCAAUUAUAUCUUGGAUAAGCAAUGUUUUCACUGUUACGCAAGCUAUCGAUCGGGAGCAAAGUCAAAGAUGGUUUGAUGCCUGAUCAUAUGAUGGGGACUGCCAGGGAUUUGACUGAUGAGAAGAAUCAAAACUGCUUUAUUGUGGAUGCUGCGGAGCUCAAGGAGACUGUUUAUGAUCUUCUCAGGACAAUAAAAGACCCAGAGAAGCCCCAAACCUUAGAAGACUUGGAUGUAGUCUACGAAGACUGCGUAAGUGUAACCCAAGGAAAACCCUGUGAUGCCUACAUAAUUCGUGUUGAAUUCAAUCCAACUGUUCCCCACUGCUCCCUGGCCACACUCAUUGGACUGUGCAUUAGAGUUAAAUUGGAGCGGAAUCUGUUGGCAUCAUUUAAACUGGAUAUUUUCAUCAAGAAAGGAGCACACUCCACCGAGGAUGAAAUCAAUAAACAGAUAAAUGAUAAAGAGAGGAUCGCAGCUGCAAUGGAGAACCCAAACUUGAGUGAUUUGGUGGAGAAGUGUAUCAAAGAGGACGAGUGAAAGUGAUUUUUUAUUGAUUUAAUGCUGACGAUCUUUUCUGUUGAUUCAAUAGUGAAAUGAUGAACAUGAUGAGUGAAUUUCUUUUUGGAAAAUAUCUUGGAAUCGAAGAGAGAUUGUGAAAUUUUUAUGAGAACGUUUUUCAGGGAAAGAUUGAGCACUCAUAAAAAAAUUUAAGGCCUGGAUGGAUUAUCUUUCGAACGUGGUCUUGGUUUU